AUGCCAGGGGCCUUUGCCUCUUGCAAUCUUUUCAUUGACCUUCUCAUCGAUCCAUCAACUAGGAAGGCGACAAAUUCAAAACAUCCGUAUCCUGCUCGAGAGCUCUUUACGGUCACCGAGGUAUGCACGGCAACAUGCCAAGAACAGCCUUUGACCGCACAGCCCCAUCCUUGCGGGAGCAGAGAAAUAGCAGUCAUGCGGAUACAGAAGGACAUGUUUGAAGCUGAAACAGAUGAUACUAGUUUGAUUCAAAGCUUGAUGACCACAUGGACAACCGACGGAAUUACAUCAGUUUUGGGGCUAUGCUGCAAGACCUGCACGUCAGUUAAGAAAGCCGAUCCUCACAAAAUCAUCGAGAAAUCUCGCUUAUCUGUCGAUAACGGGGGGCCACCCCAACACUUAUACAUGUUGGUACAUGCGGCCUUGAUCAUUGACGAAUCGGCGCAGCAAUCAUUCAUGGCAAGUUUGGAUUUCCCUUUCAAGUGGGAUUUCCACGGGGUUGGCUACACCCUUUUCUCUCUUGGGUUCUGGAACGGCACCCAUUACUGGACCAAGAUGUUCAAGAACAUCGGCAGGAUAUCAGGUGUAUGGAUGCACAAUGAUCGAGCAAAUGGGGGUAUUGCUCGGCUGGUCAGUCCAGAUCAUACCCAACUUGCUGGAGCCGCUGUUGAAAGGCUAUUACGACUUACGGGUGGUUUGAAAGACCUGCCCCUCUAA